UGGGGAUAUGGAGCUCGAUUUUGGGAAAUUCGCGCGGCGAUCUUGGGAUUUAGAAAAAUUACCGUUGGUAGCCCUGUUGGAAACGGGCGGCGGCGCGCAGACGUGUUGUACAGUUGUACUGUGUUGUACGAAUUUAUGGAUUUUGUUUAUGGUUGGUUAUUUUGUACGGACCUGUACUUUUUGUUUUAAGAAUGAGUUCUAUUUGUCAAUUUUUGUUUCAAUAAGUCGAAGAUUUCAUUUUGAAUUGAGAGCAGUCAGCAGAGGAGUUGAACGGACAUGACGGCCCUCGCCUUCGUUUCUUAGAAAAUUCAGAAAAGCAGUGGAUAGCGACUAAACCAUGGAUUAUGUUCUAUCCAUGACUAACUAAACUCAGUUCCAUCGUUAUAAUAAAUUUUACAGCGUCUCACAGGCUGCCACCCGUUUAUGAAAAGUCUCUGAAGAGCCUCCCAGCAACCAUCCCCGACAUACAAACACACGUCAUUGACCUUGACCGAACAUGGCCUGAAAUGACCACAGCCACAAACGGCAGAGUCUCACCACAAACGGCAGCGUCAUCGUUUGCCCGUCUACUGCUCACCACACACGGCUGCAAUGCACAACCACGAGAUGACGCCGACGGCGUACCGGGUGCUCACAAUGGUGGGUCACUGCUUCAACGGCAUCGGCUCAGUGUGGCUGGCCAGGCACGCCGCCUCCGGUAACCUGGUGGCCGUCAAAAAGUACGAUGUCGACAAGUGCAGCUUUGAGGUCCUGUCCAUCUUGCAGCACGAGAGUCAGGCGAUGCGCCAGCUGCGGCACGCCCGACUGAUGCCCUGUCUCAGCUCCUUCGUCAGCGGCACCGAGCUGUGGAUGGUGGAGCCCCUGUGCGGCUACGGCUCCACCAAGGACCUGCUGGCCGCCCACUUCACCGAGGGACUGCCCGAGCGCGCCAUCGCGCUCAUACUGCGCGACGUGGUGCGCGCGCUCGACUACCUCCACUCGCAGGGAUACGUGCACCGGAGUGUGCGGGCGUCGCACAUCCUGAUCGGCGCCAACGGGGACACGUACCUGGCUGGUCUGCGCUCCAGCUACUGCUCCUACCGGGACGGCCGGCGGCUGGCGCGCAUCCACCAGUUCCCCGAGCUGGCCGCCGACGGCCUCAACUGGCUCAGUCCAGAGAUACUCGCUCAGGACCUGCGCGGCUACACGGCCUCCUCCGACGUGUACAGCCUGGGCAUCACCGCGUGCGAGCUGGCCAACGGUCUGGAGCCGUUCGCCCAGAUGCCGCCGGCCGCCAUGCUGCACGAAAAGCUGGCCGGCGAGGGUGAGCCCGUGCUGCUCGACGCCACCACUAUCGAUGCUGGUUAUGCUGAGCGCGUCCAGGAGCAGAACGACACAGACGACCCGGCCGUGCACGAGGAUGACACCUCUCUGCGGCUGAUGCGCGCCGCGCCCGGGCGCCGGUUCUCGGACGCGUUCCACCAGUUCGUGCGACUGUGCGUGGACCGGGAGCCGUCGCGGCGGCCGACGCCGGCCCAGCUGCUGACGCACCCGUUCCUGGUGCGUCAGUGCCGGCGCGCUCCGCCGCUCAGCCACCUGCUGCGGCCGGACGUGCCCGUCAGCGAGGCCACCCUGCUCGAAGGCGAGCAGAUCGUGCGUGACCGUCUCGUCACCGACAUGGCCGGACUCCAGCUGAAUCAGGAGAACACCUGGGACUUUUGAGGGGCGCGCAGCGGAGACAUCCGGGAGACUCGCUGUCUGAAGGUGCGUCCGAGUGCAAUGGUGGCCACUGUGGACAAAUGGCCUCCGCUGUUGACCUGAUACACAGUGCGGUGCGCUCAGUGCGUACUGCGCACUGUACAGUGACGCGGUAGUGCAAUCAGUGCGUGGUGCAGGCGCAGUGACGCGUUAGAUGCCGCCGCUCUCCCAUCAGUGCCAGGCGGGCUCCCGACGGCCGGAGCCGUGCUGUGUCGGUGGACGCUGCCCACGGACGCUCUCAGAACCCAGUGAGGAGAUAGGAGCGGGGAUGUGCCAUAUCGACAGUGCGGCUUACGUGCGUCGUAUAUUGAGCUUUUGUGUCGUAGCAGCACCAGAUAUACAGAGCUGUUGUGCAGCCGAGCCAUUUAUUGAAGCUGUGCAUAAGUUUAAAAUACGGCACCAAAUUAUAAGGAAAUAAUUACAUGAGAUGUGAAGCAUCGUUUUAUCUAGCGAUCUGGUAUUAAUGUUGAUGCUGCUUUAAUCACAUAAAGAUCUUGAGAUCACGGUCUUACGGACAAGGGACAAAUAAUGUGUAACAAUCGUCUUGUAAUAUUGCAUGCCCCGCUCCUGCAGCCAAUGCUAGUGUUAAACUGUUGAUCUGAUUUGCGUCAAACGUGGAUGAGAAUGAUGUGUUGUGCAUUUCAACAAUUUUGUAGCGG